UACAAUUUAGAAUAAAAAUGAAAAUGAAAAGGCCAAUAGUUGGAGUGCUCCACAAAUUUAAAGCUGGGCUAAUACUAAACUAAGCUCAGUAGGCCGCUGGCGCACUACUCCGGAAUUUCGCUCGUGUCGCUUGCGCCGGCUGCUCGUUUAUCCGCCGUCGCCUCAUCCUUAUAUAUCUCACAUAGAUCUACGGAUUCCUACCGCCGGAGAUCAUGUCGAAAGCGCGGGUCUAUACCGACGUGAAUGUGCUGCGCCCCAGGGAAUACUGGGAUUACGAAAACCUAGCUGUGCAGUGGGGCGACCAGGAUGAUUAUGAGGUUGUGCGCAAAGUUGGACGGGGGAAAUACAGUGAAGUUUUUGAAGGUAUAAAUGUCAACAACAACGAGCGAUGCAUAAUCAAGAUUCUGAAACCUGUUAAGAAGAAAAAGAUCAAGAGAGAGAUCAAAAUACUACAGAACCUGCGUGGGGGACCAAAUGUUGUCAAGCUGUUAGACAUUGUUAGAGAUCAACACUCGAAAACUCCUAGCUUGAUAUUUGAAUUUGUGAAUAGUACAGAUUUUAAAGUUUUGUACCCUACAUUGACGGAUUACGACAUACGUUACUACAUAUAUGAGCUCCUCAAGGCACUAGAUUAUUGUCACUCACAGGGAAUAAUGCACAGAGAUGUAAAGCCGCAUAAUGUAAUGAUAGACCAUGAGUUGCGUAAACUUCGCCUGAUUGAUUGGGGCCUUGCUGAAUUCUAUCACCCUGGGAAGGAAUAUAAUGUCCGUGUUGCUUCAAGAUACUUCAAGGGUCCAGAACUUCUUGUUGAUUUGCAAGAUUAUGACUAUUCUUUGGAUAUGUGGAGCCUGGGUUGCAUGUUUGCAGGAAUGAUUUUCCGCAAGGAACCUUUCUUUUAUGGACAUGAUAACCAGGAUCAACUCGUGAAAAUUGCUAAGGUGCUUGGAACUGAUGAGUUGAACGCCUAUUUGCAUAAAUACCAUUUGGAGCUUGAUCCUCAACUUGAAGCUCUUGUUGGAAGACACAGCAGGAAACCUUGGUCGAAAUUCAUCAACUCUGAUAAUCAGCAUCUUGUGUCACCCGAGGCUAUAGAUUUCCUCGACAAACUCCUGCGCUACGACCAUCAAGAUAGGCUCACAGCCAGAGAGGCCAUGGCCCACCCUUAUUUCUCUCAAGUAAGAGCAGCAGAGAAUAGCCGCACGCGCACCCAGUCAUGAAUUCUCUUGUAUACAGAUUUAAUGUACCAAUUGGGUUAGACUUCGUCUAGUCUAUCUGGACCUGUUUUUCAAUCUCAAGCAUGCAUUAAUAUAAUAUCAUUAUAGUAUGCUUCUCUUUCUGUGAACUAUAAUUUAUACAAUUGUGCUAUCUUUAAAGCU